UGAUACUGAAAUAAUGCAAUUGCAUGUAAAAGUUUGUCAGUGCCGUUUGCACAGGACUCAUAACUGCUCAUCAAAGUUUAUCAACAAGUAACAAGUACUCUCUCCAAUAUAAAAUGUAAAGCCUUUCUAGACUUGGGCACAAGAAUUAAGGGUGUCAUGUACCUAUGUAGAUGUCCCUGAACCCAAGCAGUCUGGCCUCGCCGGAAGGCGGCAGCCGCACCACAAGGGCAAAGAUAGAAGGAGAUACUGGGAAGAUAGAUUGAUAUAUUUCUUGCUUGUCUUCCAAAUACAUGAUGUAUGCCCCUUAUAUAGACUCCUAACAACUAGAUGAUGAUCAUAUCCUGAAUCAUUAUCUCUAACUAACCCUUAUCUCUAAUUAACCUUUACUUAACCUCUAAGUAACAUGUAGCCGGUCCUAAGGCUGUUGCGGCUGGCCACCUUAUUGGGCUGCACUGGGCCCAUUCAUACUGCCCAUGACAAGGGACUGUUGGAGAAAUGUCCUUGUAAACCUUCAGUAAUUGACCCUUUAGUGAUUAAUGAAGAGUGGGUGGUAGUCAUGGGACUUGAAAAUGGAGGAAGAGCUCAUUUACUAAUGCAAUUAUGUAAGGGUAAAAUGGGUAAGAAGGAUGGGUAAUGACUUAUAUUUGGUGAUUUUUUUGUUUUGAUUGUGUACAUUGCACAUGAUGCUUCUUGGGUGCAUUCAUGCUCUCUGCCUUGUGCCCUGCGAAUUUCUAAAAAAUUCUUCCUAAAUUACAUCUUUCACCUUUGACUGCUUUGGAUUAUGUAAUAAUUAAUCAAUAAAAGCUACUAAUAACAUGUGCCAAGGCAAAAGGGAAUCCACUAACGGCAUUAUAAGUCCCAUGGAUAUCCUUGCUUUAUCUGUCAUGCAUUAUCAUGCAAUGCAAAGUACGUGUGCUAACAAGGAUGUCUUGCACCAUAUACAUUCCCUUGUGCCACUACGAGAUGCUGCCCGUGCUGCCUGUGUUUCUCGUAGUUUUUUACGCUCAUGGAGACGCUUUCCUAACCUUACAUUCAGUUGGGAAACAUUGGGGUUGCAUAUGAAUGAGGGCGAAAGGGCAAUGAAACUUCGGAACAUAAUCCACCAUAUUCUUGAAAACCACUGUGGCACUGGGGUGAAGACAGUUAAGUUUCUAGUUCGCCCUUGCCUUAAUGCCAUCACGGCCAACGAUCUUGACAUUUGGCUUGAAGCUGCUGUUAAAUCUGGAAUCGAAGAACUUGCUGUGGACCUUCCUCAAGAUCACGGUCUAGAGUACAGCUUUUCAUGUUUGCUUUUAUCUUGCGCUGCAAGAUCACUUCAGUCUUUCUCUCUCUCAUAUUGUGCUUUUCAUCCGACACUAAUAAUUGGCUGCUUGAAAAACUUGAGAAGUGUGUGUCUGAGACUUGUCCACAUUACUGAGGAGGAACUAGGAUGCUUUUUCUCCUGUACAAUUUCCUUGGAGAAGUUGGAAGUUUCCCAGUGCAAUGAAAUCACUUUAUUGAAGAUACCUUCUCAUCUGCAGCAGCUUAGUAUCCUGCGGGUGUUUCUAUGCAGAAGGCUACAGAUGAUACAAAUCUAUGCUCCGAAGGUCACUACUUUUUCGUUCGGAGGGCCCCCGACGAGAAUAUCGAUCCGCAACUCGCCUCAACUGAAGACAAUGGCUAUGGAUGGUCUUUGUUACUCUCGCAUGUUCGAGUUUGCUCUGACCAGGAUUAAUCAUUCCAUCGCGUCGAAUCUUCAAACCCUUAUCCUGUCCUCAUCAUCGGAGGCCACCAAUAUGCCAGCGUCAUCUGCCAAAUUCCUCCACCUCAGGCACUUGAAAAUUUGCUGUUGUGGCUUCCUGAGGAUUGAUUUUUUUUCUCUGAUUUCUUUUCUCAAAGCUUCUCCUGCACUGGAAACUUUCUUCUUAUCGGCAGGUAAACCUUUUGAUCUAAGGCAGGACUCAAUUCUUGAAGAUUCCAAUGCAGAUUCAUCACAUCUAAGGCGGAUUCCAGAAUUCCACCAUGACAACCUCAAGAAAGUGUCCAUCACUGGAUUCUGCUCUGCAAAGAGCUUGAUUGAGCUAACAUGUCAAAUUCUUGAGAAUUCGUCGUCUCUACAGUGCCUUGUGCUCGACACUACCAAUGGCUAUAAUAAUACAGGCAUAUGUGGAUAUAUGGAGAAGAAAGCUGUCAUGGAAGCCCUCAGAGGUGUUGAGGCUAUCAAAAAAUAUGUGAAUGGCAAAAUUCCCUCGGGUGUUAAAUUUGUGGUUUUGGAGCCCUGCGACCGGUGCCAUAUUCCCAAACUUUAGAUUGUGCGAGAAAGUAUUACGUGUACAAGACUAUAUUGGUGGACAUGGGCACAAACUUAUUCUAAUCCAUUGGAUCUAAUUUGAAUGGACAAAGUGGGGGGUGGGAUUACCUCGUCCCACUUGGGCUGGCUUAGCCCCAGUUUGGCUUAAUAAAAGGAUUCAUAAAUAGGAUGAGGCUAUUCUCACCACUUGAACCAUUAAAUUAGAUCUGGACUGAUUGAGGUUGUGCACAUGUUCAUCAAUAUAGUCAUGUGCAUAUGAUAUUUCCUCGAUAUGUAAUGUAACGUGGCAAAUUGACAGGAAGGGCAAUUUACAUGGUUGCAGCCCUGAAUGAAAGAUCGAUCAGGGCGUUAUACAAAUUAACGAUGUGUUAUGCGUUUGAUCGAUUGCCUUGCA